AUGGCUUCAACAGCUGAAAAGACAAGAGACGGUGUGAUAUACAAGCCGUCAAGGACAAUACCCGUGCCUGACAUUGACGUCCUCACCUUGCUGUUCGAGUCCAAGCAGUGCUUUAGUCCAGAUGAGACGAUCCUGCAUGCAGACGCAGCAGAUCCUUCCAAUCAUUUCACCAAGUAUCGUCUCCGACAGGAGCUCAAGAGGCUUGCUCAUGUAUUUCGUGACCAAUUCAGCAUCGGAGCUUCUGGGCACAGCCAAGAUGUGGUCUUCACGGUGUCUACAGGCCACUACAUGCUGCCACUCAUGUUCUAUGGUACAAUAGCGGCUGGCGGCAUCUUCUCAUCCACCAGCCCGGGCGCCACAGCAGAUGAGCUCGCCUUUCAACUGAAGCAGACUAGCCCCAAGAUUGUUCUGUGUAAUGCUGAUACUAGAAGUGUCGCGAUUAAAGCAGCGGAAAAGGUCGAUUUACCUCCUAGUAAGGUCAUAAUGUACAAGGGAGAAAAGGAAUUGGAGUUGUACGAAGCAGUCAGCGGCGCGAGGCUACCCAUAUCGAACCAGUCACUGCAGUGGAAGCGCAUAACGAACCCGCACGAACUCGACAAUAGCGUCGUAUGCCUCCUGUUCUCAAGUGGUACUACUGGACUACCAAAAGCCAUGAAGCUUUCCCACCGAAAUCUCGUGGCAGGUGGCUCACUGGUCCUUGAACCGAUCAAGGAGUUUAACGCCGCUCAUAGACCACCAGGCUUUCGGAAUAUCGGGAUUGGACAUCUUCCAGUGGCGCAUAUUGCUGGAGUCCAAGGGUACUUCAUCAAUUCUGCCUAUAUGGGCGGAACGUUGUACUGGAUGUCGAAGUUCGAUUUCGUCAAGUUCUGCGGUUACUUCAAGAAGUAUAAGGCCACGUCAGGUUUCAGCGUGCCGCCGAUCUAUCUCCUGAUCUCGAAAUCUCCAUUAGUAACUGAUCAAUUUGACACCUGGGUCGACGCUAUCUCAGGAGCAGCUCCAAUGGGUGAAGAAUUACAGAAGGAAGCUAGCAAAAAACUGGGGAAAGGAAAUACAAAAUUGCGACAGACAUGGGGAUUGAGUGAGACCACUGGCAGCAUCACCACUGUGCCUGUUGAUCGAGCAGACCUUGCUGCUGGUACAGUCGGAAGCCUAGUUGCCAGUCACUAUGCCAAGCUCAUCGAUGAAGAUGGCAAAGACGUCGAGCCUGGACAAGAAGGAGAGAUUCUUGUGCGAGGGCCAUUGGUGAUCAAGGGCUAUUGGAAAAACCCCAAGGCGGAUGCAGAGUCAUUCAAGAACGGAUGGUUUUAUACGGGCGACAUUGGCGUAUUCCGCGAAGGUUGGCUGUAUAUCGUUGAUCGAAAAAAGGAACUCAUCAAGUACAAGGGUACCCAGGUUGCCCCAGCCGAGCUGGAGGCUAUCCUGCUGUCUCACCCUGAGAUUCUAGAUGCAGCCGUCAUUGCCGUAGCUGGCGAAGGUACAGAACUUCCUCGUGCCUACGUCGUGCCAGGUUCAAAACAGAUCUCAGCCGAUGAGAUCAAAGACUUCGUAGCUAAGCGGGUUGCCAAGUAUAAACAGCUUAGGGGUGGAGUUGUGUUUAUCCAAACCAUUCCGAAAAGCCCCUCUGGCAAGAUUUUGAGAAAGGAACUAAGAAUCCUGGCCAAGAAGGAUAUCCAAUCCGCAAAAUUGUAG